GGAGACGAGUUUGAGUUUGAGAUUAUUAUUGUUUUUUCGGAUUGUGGACGGAUUGAGUUUGUUUGGUCUUCGCGCAUAUCAGGAAGUUAUAUAGCGGAAUUUGUGCAAUGGUGGUUGUUGUUAGUGUAGUAUUUUGAUGAGAUUCUGUUGGGCGAAGAGGGGAGGAGAGAAGUGUCGGCUUAUUCGCGAUUUUGUUUAGUCUGAACGCGGCAUGGAGGAAUACGUUGUGUGGUUUAUCGAUGUUUCACGGCGUUCUUGAGUUUCGCACGCGUGUAUUUUACGCUUUUGAAGAACGCUCGAGCUGAGUGAGGACUCAAUUGGAAUGCAGAGUGUAGCCAGUUCUCGUAGAUUUCUCAGCAAGACCCAAAGCCAGAUCGUGUCUCCUGCCCCCUGAGUUGUACAAAGAGCCACCGGUAUCAUUUGUCGAUCGCCUGUCCUGGAUAUGGCUGUCUUAGAAAAGCGACCCGCAUGGAGGGGAGUGUUAGUCGCCAGAGAAAAGACCAUACAAUGUCUGGAAUGCCUCAAUCCUCCGUUUACAAUGCCACAAGAAUUGCAGUUGGAAGGGGCCUUUAAAGAAGCCUUCAUUUUCAAUCCCUGCGGAAUGGGGCACUUUGUAUUAAGGCCUCUUGGAACUACAGCCAAUUUGGUGCAUAAGUGGAUAGAGUUCAACACAUAUCUGCGCAAUCAAGCGAAGGUUGGAGUUGUGCUGUUGCAGGAUUGGGAGCUUUUCAUUUUACCUCCAAAGUCCAUUCCUGUGGCUGACCUUUCUGCUGAAGUCUAUUACCGGGCCAGAGCUAAAUUGAAGAGCCCUGCUUGCGUAUCUCAAACACAAGUAAUGGCUGGAAGUACACUUCGUUCUGGAACUCGCGUACACCCAAGCCAUCUGGAAACACUAGAGCAGAUGCACGCUGCUUGGGUAUUUGGAGCUGUCGCAGAGCUCAUCGACAAUGCUCGCGAUGCUAAGGCUACACGUUUGGAAAUAUCGAUUGAGGAUAUGGUAUUAGGAGAAACUGGAACUGUUCCUGUACUUCAGAUGGUCGAUAAUGGGCUCGGCAUGAACCAUGAAGAAAUUGUCAAGAUGUUAUCAUUUGGACACAAAAGGCCAGGGGAAAGUGACGCGGAACAGAUUGGGCACUUUGGAGUUGGGUUUAAGACAGGUGCAAUGAGAAUCGGUCGAGAUGCUGUGAUUUUCACUCAGAAGAAGGACACCUGUUCCAUGGGCUUUCUUUCGAAGUCUUACAACGCCAAUCUCGAGGAUCUUGAGGUCCCAAUUGUAACAUACAAGAGAUUUAGCAGCGGACAAAUUUCGUUAGAUGAGAGUGUUUGUACCAAACAAGACGAAGAGAAGUGCAAGAAGGCUGUCACAAAGCAUUCCCCAUUUAUUAAUGACAUCAGUAUUGGGGCUCAGUUUGCAAGGAUUGAAAACACAGGCACACGUAUUUUUGUGUACAAUUUAGAGCAGUGGGACGGCAAGUGUAUCUUUGAAUGGAAUAGAAGCCUUGACCCCGAGACUAAUGCUCAAAAUGAGAAAAAUGAACUUGAAGAUAUUAAGAUUCGGUCGAGACGGGUACGAGUUCGAGCUGGGCAGACAAGUAAACAGGUUCCACUUGACUUUUCUUUAAGGGCAUAUACGGAGGUCCUAUUCUUAGUCCCCAGCAUGAAGAUAUACUUGCAAAGGUCUCUGGUCAACACAAGAAAUUUGGCUAAGACUUUGCAAAAUGUGGAGAGAUUUCAGUAUCAUUUUGUUCAUGAAAAGGAUCCUAUCAAGAAUAAAUUGAUUCCUUUAACUCUUGGAAAGCUACAAAUUGAAUACGACCGAGGGAACUGCGGAAUCUUUCUCUACUGGCAUGGACGACUUAUUGAGGCCUACAAGAGAGUAGGGGAUAUGGUGCAUAGUGCAGACAUCGGUCGUGGAAUUAUUGGAAUUAUGGAUGUUACUGACAUAAUGGACUUUGGUGAUGGAAAAGUAGGGGUGUUAAACAACAAGCAAGGCUUCACUGAUAGUGAUAGAUUCUCGAAGUUGGAAAAGUGGCUGGAUAAGACUUUUGGCGAAUACUGGGACAACAAUUUUGAUAAGUUCGGUUUGUUCGAGAAGGAAAAAUUAAAGGAGGGCGAAAGGCUUGUACAUGAUGCGGAAUGGGUACAGUGCAUGAAGUGCUCAAAAUGGCGGGAGCUCCCCAAAGGCUGGUGUGCUGAUGACCUGGUUGGUGACUGGUUUUGCUAUAUGAAGCCCUUCGAAGGAAAUUGUGAUAUGGCGGAGGCCGUUCAAGAUAAUGUUAUUACAGUGGCAAUUAACCGGGACGGGAACAAGAAGGUUGCUCCGGUAUUUGUGACAAAUGAUUCUGACGCUUCGUUGGUUGUCAAUCCAGAAUCAUCAACCAGUAGUCUCGACAUUGGAGCGACGAAAACUUUGAAGCGUCUCAAGCGUUCGAGACCAGGUUCGGGGCCCAUCAAGAUCGAGAGAAAGAAGUCUAAGCCUUGAAUGCCCACAAUAAGACAUAGAAGCACAAAAUGAUGGGCCUGUACUUGCAUGGGCAAAACAACUCUGUAAAUAUGAGGCGAUGUAGAUUUUCUUCUCGCGGUAGAGAUUUUCUAAGUUAGUUUCUGCUUGGCUGGCCUUGUUUGAAAUCCUUGCCGUUAGGCUCUACUUUCAAAUCGUAAGCACCUUCAGUGCUGCUUUUGUUGGGUUAGCUUGAUGAUUUUGAGGUCCAUCAAUGUAAAUGGUCGAAGUUUUGGAUGAUUGGAGAUAUUGUCGUUUUCUAGAAAAGCGUUUGUUGUUUUUUAGUAGAGAGUGAUUAGGAUGAGGUGGACAUGUCUUACACCUCCGAGUUUGUAAACCUACGCUCGUAAUCUUCUUUGUAAACUUCGUUUUUCAUUUUGUAGAUUCUAAGUAAAGUCUUCACUUAGUGAGUGGUCAAGUGAAGGCUGAGUGCUGGAGUGGAGGCUUUUUUAUAGUUUUGUUUGCACUUUCUGUUCGACGGCAAUGAAAACCUUUAGACUGA